CAACGUAACAGCUCCGACCGCGAGGGGCAGGCGGAUAUACAAAACAUGCAAAUCCUUAUUUUUAGCGGGCAGAGCCAGAACACGAACGUGAAAGUUGCCAAACAUUUUAUUUUGCAGUUUGUCUGUCGCUACUAAGGGUUUUUUAAUCUUAAAACGAAUGAGUUUUGGCUUCGGAGACGUUUAAACAUUUAUAAACGGCAGACACAAGCAGGCUGGAUCAUACUAACUGUUAGUUAGUAACUUAGCUUACUGAGAUGAAGCUCAUACAGUGGCUGAUGCAUAGCUAACAACAAACCUAGUUUAGUAGCGCUAUUGCUGUUUAACGUUGUUAGCUAGCAUUUAGAACCAAGUUCAAGAAAAGUGGUGUCUAUUGGGGUCAAGUUUUAAGUCCAGUUUAAAAGUGUUGGUACGCCGAAAGCACUGCAUGAAGUUAGCUUAAACUUCACCCAACUAACGUUACUUGGAUUCAAGGAACGCAAACUACAUGGUUCAUAAUUUACUCUACACUGAAGAGGAAGCAGUAGGGAAGAUGAUCCAGUCUGCCAAGACAGAACUUCAGCAUACUCAAAAGACUGCGCACACCGAGGAGAAAACUCCUGUGGUAGCUUUGUAACAGCAGGAGACUCCUGAGUUUCACCCUUGUCUCCUUCACUGAGUCUUGCUUCCUGCAGCAGCAUGUCAAGUAUCAUCACUGGGAUUAGCAUUGUGGUAUAGUUGGACAAGUGUCCUCUAGAUAUCAGUCCUCCAAGUACUCUCCAGUACUUAACUGUCCUCAGUGCAGUGCUACUUUCCAGGCUUUAAUGCAGCUCAGAGAAAGAAACAGGGCCACCCCUCUGCUCUGCCCAGGAAACUCCACACAUGCCCAGUCUGUUCACGCAACUUUGAUUACCUGAAGAACCUUAGGAAUCACUGUCAGAGUUGGCACAACAUGUCAGUCCAUAUCUUCAAGGUGCACCUCCAAUGCUCGGACUGCAGAAGGAGUUUCCGGAAGUCCAGGGGACAGGAGCCUCAUGAGUGUGUUGGGGGCGUGCUUUCUCCUACCCCUGCAAAGGUGAGAUGAUGGGGCCUGCAGAAGCAUCACCUGGGACCAAAAGAACCUGCAGACACUUCACAAUGCUCGGAGAAGAAUGUUAUCACAUUUGGAGAGUGAUAUUGAUUAAUGAGAACCUUUUUGUCACACGCCGAGGCUACGGGAGACUGAUCACUAAAGAUCAAAACAAAGGAGAGAGCCAGGCGGCCUACCUUUUGUCAUUGACCCCUGCCCUGGGUGUCUGGGCAUUGACUGGCUCUCUCCGUGUCACUGGAGCUCCCUGUCAAUACUUACCAGGUUUGGCCACCCUCUGCGCUGUGGUCAGAGAGUGGGGGAGAGAGGGAGCUACACGAGAUUCUCCACAGCACCGGCAGAUAAAAUAAAAAUGAAUGAGAGGGAAAGUAAAACAAAGAAGGAUGGAGAAGACAAUGGUGGAUGGAGACACAGGCUUUUUCACCAGCCGUAAAGUGUGGCUGUUCGGAACAGCUUUAAACACUUUCAGAUGUGGUCGGACAACACGAACGAACUUCGAGCAUAUCCCCACCUUUAACACUGGAAUCGCACCAGUAAGGGAACUCUUCAUGGCCAGUUUGGAGAGCAGGAAUGAUUUCAAUGUACAUAUGGCUUUGACGCCUUCGUGCAGUGCGACAGCGGCACUUUCCCCUCUCGCCUCCUCCUGCCUCCCGGGUCGGAACAAGCGCAGCGCGAACAAACUCCAGUCCAGUCCGAGAGACGGUGAUCGGGCUUCGGCCUCAGGUUCAUCUCUGAGGCGGGGCGACGCGGAAGUCCAGGUGUUGUGAAGGCAUGGACUGUAACUGCGUCAGUGAUCUGCUGCUCCCCCCGGUGCCCGCACUCUGGACGCCAGGGUUCGCCUUCCCAGACUGGGCCUACAAGCCUGAGUCGAGCCCCGGGUCCAGACAGAUCCAGCUGUGGCACUUCAUCCUGGAGCUGUUGCAGAAGGAGGAGUAUCAGGGGGUGAUCGCCUGGCAGGGGGACUACGGAGAGUUUGUCAUCAAGGAUCCAGAUGAGGUAGCUCGGCUGUGGGGGAUAAGGAAAUGCAAACCUCACAUGAACUAUGACAAGCUGAGCAGGGCACUAAGGUAUUACUACAACAAGCGCAUUUUGCACAAAACCAAAGGGAAGCGUUUCACCUACAAGUUUAACUUCAGUAAGGUGGUGUUGGUGAACUACCCCAUCCUGGACAUGGCCAACUCUCCCUUCUUUCUGGCCCAGAACCACUUCAAUGGGGGCUCCACCACACCAGACUGCAGCCCAGAGGCCAUACAGUCCCUGUUUCCUCGUUUGCCAGACUCUGGUAGGGGAACGUCCCUGUUUGAUCGAGGGACCACAGCACCAGGGCCCGAAGGAGACAAGCUGAGACUGGACACAUUCCCCUUCCUCAGUUCAGGUACCCCGUGCUACUCUAAACCCCCGUCCCUGCUGGGCCCGUACCCACGCAACCCACCCUUUGACUACCCCUGGGGCUUCAACCCCUACCUCCCAGGGGCCUUCUCUCUCAAUAACUGCCCCAAAGUGCCCCCUGGCUCCCUCUACCCCUCCCAGUUCUACCCCAACCCUUUGCAGAGCAGCCUUUCCCAGCUGCCUCACCCCUUCUCCUCCUUGCUCCCCCCAGGGGAGGCAGGUGGGGGUGAGAGGGGAGCAACGGGGCAAACUGGAGGGACAAACGGCACGGCGGGUGGUCAGCCAGUGAGACUCUUCCUGCCACCCUACCCGGGGAGCCUGUCAAUGGGUCGGACGGACAUUGGCAACGGGGCAUCAUUGGGGGAAAGGGAAAGGGUGGAGUCCAAUCCUCCAGGCACGGGGUUGAGUCUGGGGCUAGGAGCGGUCGCCCUGGGAGCCGGGACUGGUACAGGCCAGCAGAGCCCCACGGAGAGGAGAGGAGGGGUGAAGCAGGACCCGGAGUCAGACUCAGACCUGGAGAUCACAGAUUUGAGCGACUGCAGCUCGGAGAAUGAAAACGAGCAUGAUUUCAGCAUUGGGAAAGAAUCCAGCCUGGUGAACCGAUCACAGAUAGUGCUGGAUGGAAAGAAAGGGAGCGGGCUGCCACCCAUCUCCUCUCUCCCCCCGCCAGCAUCCCCACAUCCUCUGAAGAGCCUGAUGCCCAUCACUCCUCCACCCCCGUCCCUGCCUCCGUCGCUUUCCCCUUCCAUGGCUCUGCAUGAAAGACACAGGGAGACAGAGACUCUCAAAAUGAUACACAGCUAAUACAUUCUCUCCUGCGUCCACCAUCUUGCCACUCUGUGCUCUGAUAACUCUCUUCUUCUCUCCUUUCUUUUCUCGGAGACACUUUUCUGCUUUCAAUUGUCAACUCCCCAAUCACUCUUGAUAGAUACUUUUUCCAGGAAAGGCAGUUAUGUUCUUUACUUCUAAAAUUACUGUUUCCCUGUUUGCUGUGUAAGUUUUUAACUUGCCUACAGUCCAUUACACUACCGACUUGUCCGUCUUAGAAUAUAUGGGGCGUACGGUUUUUAGGGGUAUCGGCUGUCUGUAUCAGCAUCUUGUCCUUUCUGUUUUGAUCUCUCACACCAAAUGAUCGCUCCGUGAUUUGUACACUUGUUUUAAGCGUUGCCAACAGUACAAUUUGCUGUCUGCAGCCGAGCUAUGAUAGAAGGCAGUGAGGUGGUAAAUUACAACACAGCAAAUGCCUGCCUUGACAAACAUUAACAAACAACAUCCCCAUACUAACAGAACAGAACAACAAAUAAUGCUCAGAUCGAUCCAAUUUUACAGAUUUGUCCUGUAAUUCUUGAGAUUUGGACUAUAUAUAAUCACUAUGACUUUUGAGACAUAGUCAAAUACUGCCACCUUGUGGUCCUUUCAGUCAACGUCUCCUUCAAUGAAAUCAUCUCAUCUCCGUAAUCCUGUGAGUAAAAUUGUUGCCCCUAAGUUUAUUUUGCACUUACUUUUAUAUGAUAUUGUUUCUUGCAGGUUUAAUUUAAAUGUUAAAAUCCAUAUUUCUAAUAGUGUUAACUGUGAUAGUCUGUGGAUAUUUAUUUUGUCCUGUGGUUCAAGUAUUUCCUGCACAUUUUCUAAAAGGAAAGAAAAAGAGAGCAGAGGGAGCUGGACCAAUAUAGAAAUUUGUAUGAAUAUUUCUGUGUAUAUAUUUUAUUAUGGUGUACAUUACAUUUAAUUAUUAUUCACUAUGAUAAGAUUUAGCUGUAUUGUUGUGAUUUAAUUCAGUAUUUAACAUGUUGGAAAAAUUAUAAGCUUAGGUGUAUCAAAGUUUAAAUUAUUAAUGGCAGAAAAUCUGCACUCUGAAGAUGUUUUUCUAUGAUGAGGACAGAGUUCACACUGGGAAUUGUCUCUGAUUUUCUUAACCCCAAUUAAUUGUGCCCUUUGGUCAUUUUUGCCAGAUGCCCAACGUACAAACCCUUUGGGUUCAAAAAUAUGCCGGUAGACUUAUUUUUAUAGUUAGCAUUCACCCAGUGUAACUGUACUGUAAUUAGUCCAAUGUGAAUAAUAUUGGUCUUUGCAUUUUAUUUUUUAAAUCCUCCCCCCAAAAUCUGUUUUGAUUAUUUUUCAAUCAGUGCUUUUUGUCCAUGCCAGCAGCAGGGCAAUUGGGUUUUCUUGAGGACAUUAAACAGUGGGGGGAAAAAUAUUCAAAAACUGUUUAUCUUUGCUCUACCCAGAUCUAAUGAAAAAACAUCCUUUCUCCAGCCCAGUUUCUCAGCACAGAGUGAACACUAAACCAUAUUGUACAGCUUCAUAUCCUUUAUAGCCUAUGGUUUGUCAAACAGUGGCGGUAUACGAUUAGUUGUGAAAGCUCUAUUGUAAAGUUAAUGUAAAGCUCUAUGUUUGUUGAGUUGCUACAGGAAAGGCCUCCAGUCACCUCCAUGUGGAGUACACUAAGUAACAGCUGUAAAUACUGUUUCCUUUGUGUGUGUAUGUGUGUGUACACAUCCAAAAAUGACAAUGCUGUGGUUUUACCUGUCAUCUCUCUUUGUUUUACUGUAAAGAGGAAAAAUGGAAAGUGCAAAAAAGAAGAAAAAGAUUAAUAUCUUCAAAAGCAAUAAACAAUAUUCUGGAUAGUG